ACAUCACGGUUACAAGAAAAAUUUUCCUCUCGGAACACAAUGAUGGUUGUCUCUACAUCCAAGCUCUUUUUGCUCGCUUUAUUUUCGGUGGCUGGAACUGCCAACGCUAAGCUGAAAGUCGAGGUGACUCCAGUAAACAGCUAUGCGAUGGAGUAUUCCUCACUCCAAAUAACCUGCACUGCUUAUGAUGAGGCCAAUGUACAGAUACCAGAAAGUAUCCGAUUUAUUGAAGUAGAUGAUAUCUUGAAUGAGAAGAAUUUAACCGAUAAGGACAGCAACCUCAACUUUACAACAACGCGAGAAGACAAUGGUCGCAAGCUCAUAGUUACCAUGACAAUCCUCAACGUCACAAAAAAGUACGAGUUAGGAAAAGAUAAAAGUUACCGAUGCGUCGCAAACGCAGUGAACAUUAGUAGACCCGCACAGUUUGUCUUCCAUAUUUAUGUAAUUCAAGAAAGUGACAUACCCAAAGUGACUGUCUCUAAAUUGACGGUGGAUCAUUCCGUUUCGGCGACGAUUUUUUGCAACAUAACAUUCAGAGGAAGCCAAACCACAACACUGAAAAGUUUGUGGUUGUCCAAAGACGGCAAAAACCUGAAUGACACUUUAAAGGAGGACGGAAUUUCAGAAUCCACUUCAUUGGUUCUCAAAAAUAUUAGCAUGAAAGAUGGAGGGAUGUAUUCUUGCAACUUGAAAGUCCUCCUUAAAGACAAGGUGCCUCGCGAAAUAAAAGAAACUAGCUCGCUCACAAUUAAACCGUGGUUUGAAAGUAAAGAUGAAGAAACUGUCGCGAAGAAGCUGGGAGACGACUUAACCUUAAAGUGCGGUGCCAGAGGAUACCCUCUGAAGGUGGAAUGGAAGUUUAAGAGUGAGACAGACGAAACAGUUAAGACUUGUAUAGGUAAGUUUGAAUUGGACAUAAUUCGAAAAAACUUUUAUUGUCUGUCAUUCAGUGGUUUAGUUCCUUUUCUGCAUUCAAUCAGUCGGUAA